AUGGCUGUGGAUGAGUUCGACUACACUCUUGCCCCUAAUGCUGACGACAUUGUGGCAUCUAUCAUCCGCAAUGGCGGCUGUGUCCUCCGGAACUUCAUUACAGACGAGCACAUCCUCGGUACAAUCGAAAAGGACGUCCGUACGCAUAUUCAAGCCGAUAAGCCCUGGGAAGGAGUCGACUUCUUUCCUCCUGAAACCCGCCGUGUUACGGGUUUGGUAGGCAAAUCACACGCUUUUACCAACGCCAUCCCUGCCAACCCUCUGUACCGUACUGUUUGCUCGCGGCUCCUCUCCUCGACUUACAGGUCCUGGUACGGCUAUCAGCUAAACACUACAGUCUCUGAGCCUCAGCUAAGCAACACAAUCGUCUUUUCUAUCGGUCCUGGUGCCAAGCGUCAGGAGCUACAUCGUGAUGACUCAAUUCAUCAUAACAUGCUACAGGAGCUGCAGAGCCAUCAUGACUAUCGCAUUGGGAGAGAUACUAGUGUAGGUCUCUUUGUAGCCGGUAAGAAGACAACGCGAGCAAACGGUGCCACGCGCUUUAUUCCAGGGUCGCAUCUUUGGGGCGAGGAGAGGUGUCCGGAUGAGGCGCUAUCCUACUAUGCCGAGCUAGACCCUGGUGAUGCAUUCAUUAUGCUUGCUUCCUGUUAUCACGGUGGAAGUGCGAAUACGACCACGGAUGAAGAAAGGCUCGUAUACAGUUGUUUCAUGACUAAGGGUUUCCUUCGACAGGAGGAAAACCAGUACUUGGCAAACUCCUAUGAGUAUAUUAAAGAGUACCCGCAGGAGGUACUAAGGCUUAUUGGAUAUUCAGUGAGCAAGCCAUUCUUAGGUUGGGUUAAUCUUGAUGAUCCUCUUAAAAUUCUGUAUGGCGAUGACUUUGAGGGAGAGGGAAUGCGAUGA